AUGUGUGGGGAAGUGGAGGACCUCGGCACAAGGUGGUGUGUCGCCAGCAUCACGCCCCUGGCGCUUUGCUUCCCUGAUUCCCAUCGGAGAGGAAGGGACUGGAAGAAUUUGGCCUUUCCAUCGCCUUGCAUUGCUAUCAUUUUGUUCGUUUACGUUACAGAGGCCCGCAGUCACGGCGUCGGGUACUACGGCUUCGCACAGGACGAGGCGAAGCGACGCGCUCAGCAGGACGCCCUGUCUAAGCUGCGACAGGAGACGCAACGCGAACAGGUCGCCGCCCAAGGGCUUCGGGAGAGACGCCAGCAGCAGCUGCAGGCCAGGUUGAAGGCCGCUCGACAGAGGAAGCGGGCCCGCUUGGGCCUGCCUCCGGAGGAGGACGAGCCAGACGUGUCUGUGCAGCCAGAAGAAGAUGAAGACGAAGCAGAAGCAUCAGAAAGUGAGGAGAAAGAAGUAAUCGAACUGGAUCCAAAACCGGAACCAGCAACAAGGAAACAGCCGCAAGUUCGGCCUUGGGAUAUCGGCAAAGAGGGAGUGAAGGAGGUCAUGUCACAAGAAGACUGGGUUAAACAGAAGCAAUGUGAACGUCCACAGGAGUUUGCACCACCGAGGUCAUAUCAGCCUGAUUUUGUUCCGAACCCUGCUGCAGUGUUGCCAGAGAAACGAAAACCAACAUUAUUCUUCUCGUCAAAGAAACCUCACGGCACUCUGAGAAACUCUACAGACAAAGGCACCAAGAGAUCAAAUAUCAGGAUUGAGGAAUGUGAUGAAGACAUGACUACAUGUGGAAGAGGAGAUGAGAUUCAACCCCUGGUUACAUUCCGGGUUGACAGAUCAUCAUCACAUAAACCUAAGAGGACUUUGGGAUGCGGGUCACAUAGUAGAGAUAUGGGGGAUGAUGAACAGACUGAGCGUGGUAAAGGAGCAGAAAUUCCGCCCCCUCCAACAUUUGAAUACUAUGGUCCAUCAUUCAGUGGGACAAGACAGGAAAAAGGAAAGGCCAGGAUGAAUGAUCUGGAGAGCUCCGUCACUGCGGGGCUCCGGUUUCUUCGUAAGCAGGCAGAAGAGCGAGAGAAUCAGCGAGAGAAAGGUCUGCUUGACAUUGUCUAGCUUGCACAUUUCUUUUUACUAAUGUUCAGAUUAUUCAUUUAUAUAAGAAGGUGUCGACUGAAAGCGUUGUUCUACGGCUAACUCUGAUGGACGUCUAUAAUGGGAGGUGGCCUAAGAUUAUGUUUACACAAGUGGAAAGAGGACAUUUAACUCUGUUGGCAACUUUUGCUACAUCAUUUAAAGCCGAGCCCAGACAUGUGGCAUAUAUUGAUCACAUGCUUGGGAAACUUGCAGCUUGCAUCGAUGAUCCGUAGCGCUGAAUACUGGAACACACUUUUUCCUUCUGAAACUGUUUUAUCAUUGCUAGGUAGAGCAAUGACUGCAAACAUACUGCUAUGGCCAUAUUAAAACAACAACAAUAAAACUUAUUGUAUGACUAACAUUCUUUGCAAAUAAGCAUAUUAAACAAUAGUGUGGACUCCUCAUUAAGUAGUCUAUUUGUGUGACCAUUUGCAAAAUACACUUUUGCAGAACC